AUGGCUUCUGAUCAUCCAGCCCUUCAUCAUACUGUCCAAGAGGAUAAAACAUCUGGACAAUGCAGAAAAAGAGGAAGCUCAAACGAUUCUCCAGGUAGGCUUAGUAAGAGCACCAACAGUCAAGACAGUAGCUGUAGCAAACAUUCCAGCAAGUCUGGAAGUGCUCAGUUUACCUACUCUAAUGACUUUCAUGAUAAUGCUUCAAGAACAGCUGUCAAUGGCAGCAAGAACAGCAUUUGUUCAGAAGAGAACAUCUGUGGAACUUCUCAGAACUACUAUCACAAAGAUUUUCACUCGGAUUCCUCUAAAGCCUCCAUAAGUGAAGAGAGUGGCAGCUACACCAUCCCAUUGCCCCAAACACCAAAAACUAAAGAGCGGAAUUUACAGAAAAGAAAAAGAAAAAUGAUGUCCAUACAAAAGUUCUUUUCUUUUAAUGUAGGAGGCAAAACGUUGCCUAAAAAGAAACCUCCGCAGAAGAAGACAAUUAUUACUGACCAUAUCAUCAAUGCUCAGGAGAAGAAAAAUAAGAUAGCUUGUCAUCUAUUGUCAGCAACAGACCAUACAAUUAAAGAACUGAAAAACGAAGUGGCUGUCCUGCGGAAUAAAGUGGAGACUUUUACUACGGAAAAUAAAAUCUUGAAGUGUCUCCAGUCCCGACAUUUAAAAGCAAUCAGUAAAUACAAAAAUGCAGAGAUUAACCUGCCUGAUCUUUUGGCCACGCACGCUAAUGAAGGGCAGACUCUGAGAGCAGAUCUCAGGAAAUCUCAGGAAAAAGAGUACAAGGCUUCCAAGAAGCUGAGAGACGUUCAGGCAGAACACUUGAAUACAACGGAUGCCUUGCGGUCAUUGCAAAAUCUUUGUGAAGACAAAAAGCUUGAAGAGAGAGAAGAACUUCACCAUCAAUUAAGAUCACUUACCCAAAAAUUGGAAGAAAGGGAUAAGAAAACUCAGGAUUUGGAAAAGCAGCUCGCAUCGAACACUGCCUUUUUUCGACAUAAAUUAGCAGUUGAGGAAAAAAAGAUCAUUGAAGCUCAGUCAAGCAGAGCAAAUUUAGAAGUAGAAAUCGAGUCGCUGAAGCUAAAACUUAAGGAAAGAGAACGAGAACUAAACAUUACAAAUAUUUAUGCACACCGGAUGCGCAAAGGUCAGCCAGAGAAAGCCGAUUCACGUUCUUCUCCAAAAGGAAUUGAAAACCAACAGAGAGGUGAAAGAAGUAGUUAACAUAGCUAAAAAACAUGUCCCUGAAACAGGAGUUCAUCUCCCUGGAAUAUUAUCAGUGCACAACAUUUCAAACAGGACAUUCUUGGGAUUCCAAAGUGAAGAGAUCUGCCCAAGAGUAGAAAAAAAUACCCAGUAUGAAAAUAUAGAAAGACACAAGAACAGGAGAGAAAAGCAAAGGUUGGAACUAUUGAACGCAGAAUUUGAGAUAUUAAAGACCGAACCAGUUGAAAAACAGGAAAACGAGGAAGAUAAAGAGGGACAAAGAAACUGUUUGUGACAUAUUAACAAUAGAAACACCAUCUACCUCUAAAAAACAGUAUGUAUUUUCAGAGGCCAUUCAAAAUUUACAUCAGGGAUAUCCUUCAACAGGUCCAAAGAUACCCAGUAUGAAAAUAUAGAAAGACAUAAGAAUAGGAGAGAAAGGCAAGGGUUGGACCUAUUGAACGCAGAAUUUGAGAUAUUAAAGACUGAACCAGUUGAAAAACAGGAAAAUGAAGAAGAUAAAGAGACAAAAGAAUCUGCUUGUGACAUAUUAACAAUCGAAACACCAUCCACCUCUAAAAAACAGUAUGUAUUUUCAGAGGCCAUUCAAAAUUUACAUCAGGGAUAUCCUUCAACAGGUCCAAAGAUACUAAGAUACUAAUACUAAGAGCAAAAGGAAGCAGGUGAAUAAGAUUGAUCACUACUAUCCAUACUCACUCCUCAGGGCAACAUUGUCACAU